AUGGCUUCACAGCAAAAAUUGAGAAUUGAACGAGACACGUUUGGUGACAUUGAAGUUCCUGCGGACCGUUACUGGGGCCCAACUGAACGCAUGCCCGAACCUUUGAUAAAAGCAUUCGGUAUAAUAAAGCAAGCUGCUGCUACUGUGAAUAUAACCUAUGGUCUUGACCAAAAAAUAGGUAACACUAUCAUCCAGGCCGCAGAGGAGGUGAGCAAAGGAAAGCUUUUAGAUCAUUUUCCUUUGGUAGUAUGGCAGACAGGUUCUGGAACUCAAACAAACAUGAACGUAAAUGAGGUCAUUGCAAAUAGAGCCAUCGAAAUAUUGGGUGGUCAACUUGGAAGCAAAAAUCCGGUUCAUCCCAAUGAUCACGUGAAUAUGACCAUGCAUGUGUCGGCAGCUAUCGAAAUUAACGAGCGACUUAUUCCUGGAUUGACCAUGUUGCGUGACGUGAUUGCGGAAAAAUCCAAAGAAUUUGAAAAAAUAAUUAAAAUAGGAAGAACUCAUUUGCAAGAUGCUACACCGCUUACUUUAGGCAAUGAAUUCUCUGGAUACGCACAACAAUUGACAUUUGGUAUUGAACGUGUUAAAUCAACUUUACCAAGAUUAUAUUUCUUAGCACAAGGUGGUACGGCCGUUGGAACCGGAUUGAAUACCCGUAAAGGAUUUGAUGUAAAUAUUUCUAAUGAAAUUGCGAAGAUAACAGGAUUACCUUUCCAGACGGCACCUAAUAAGUUCGAGGCGUUAGCAGCUCAUGAUUCUAUAGUGGAAGUCAGUGGAGCUCUCAAUACUGUAGCCGUCUCUUUAAUGAAAAUAGCAAAUGACAUUCGUCUUCUUGGUUCGGGACCUCGUUGUGGCUUCGGUGAACUUUCACUUCCCGAAAAUGAACCUGGAUCUUCAAUUAUGCCCGGUAAGGUUAACCCAACCCAAAAUGAAGCCAUGACAAUGGUUGCUGCACAAGUAAUGGGUAAUCAUACUACCAUAUCUAUAUCUGGUUCAAAUGGACAUUUCGAAUUAAACGUAUUUAAACCUGUUCUGAUUAAAAAUCUACUUCAUUCGAUCCGUAUUUUGGGCGAUGCAAGUGUUUCCUUUACAAAGAAUUGUGUUGUCGGGAUCAAGGCUAACGAAGACAAGAUUAAUACGAUUAUGUACCAAAGUCUUAUGCUUGUUACUGCUUUGAAUCCACAUAUUGGAUACGAUAAUGCAGCUGCUGUAGCGAAGAAAGCACAUAAAGAAAAUUUGACGUUGAAAGAAUCCGCGAUCAAAUUAGGACUUCUCACUUCCGAACAGUUUGAUGAAUAUGUUAAACCAGAACAAAUGCUUGGUCCAAAGUAA